GUCGGACCUAAGUGAAAAUAAAAAGAAUCUGAAUAAAUAAAACAGGAGGAAAAAAAACGGAGACAAGGAGGCGUCGGACUGAUAUGUACCUUUCCCGUCCGUAAGACCCGCUCCCCUCCUCCUCCUCAGUGAUGAGGAAGAUGGCAAACCUCAAGGUGGUGUUUUUUUUUGUGUCAUCCACCUCAAUAAUCCCACUGGGCCGGGCUUCCAGUAGGGGAAACACAGUAGGCAGCUGGAAACACAGUGAAGAUGUUUGUGUAGAUGUUUUAUUUUUUUGUCAUUUUACUUCAUUGUCCUUUUUUAGUAUACUUGUGUAGUUGUAGUGAGGAUUUGUGUUUGUGUGUACAGUAUGUUUGUGUUACCUGAAGAUCUUCAUCACUGUCAGAUGAAGAGGGCGACGAAGAAUCAGAGUCUGAGCUCAGCUGCAGAAAGAGAGCGAGGGAGAUGUUUAGCUUUCAGCUGCACUGUAAAAACACUGUGUUGUGUGUGCGGGCGGGCGGGCGUGCGUGCGUGCGUGCGUGCGUGCAUGCAUGAGUGCAUUCAUGUAUGUUUGUGGUAUGCGUCUAAAUCGGUGUGUUGAAUGUCGAACACUGUUUACCCACCAACCACAAGUUUAAAAUAGACGUCUGUCCUCAGCACAGACUGUGAAUAGACAUGGAUGACAUGACGGCUCCCGUGGAGCCAAAUCAUCUGCAUCGCCCCCUGGUGGCUGGCGGCAGUAUAUGUCAUAAACCCCACCCCUCCAUGUCACAGAUUGUCUUUAUAUACAGUCACUGAUCGUCUUUAUGUACACUCAUUGAUUAUGUUAAUGUACAUUCAUUGAUUAUGUUUGUACACAGUCAUUGAUAAUGAUUAUACACAGUCUUACUGGUGCUGUAGAAGCCACAUCGAUCAUCAGACAGAGCAGGAACACUGAGCUCAGCAUCUUCUACAGUUGAAUUGAUCAGUAAAAUAAGAAAAACAAAAUCGCACGAAAAUGAAAAUCCGAUCACAGUAUUUCAUUGUUGAUUAGUUUAUCAUCCAUUGACUGAGUAUGAAUUAGACAUUGGCAGAGAAGGAUCAGAACACUGAUCAGUCUAUCAUUUUACAACAGCAGGACAUUAUUCAGCUGACUUCUGAUCAAUAAGUCAACACUGAUCAGAGUCUCUGGACUUCAGUCUCAUCAAUCAAACCGUUUCCUAUUAAUAAUCAAUUAUUAAUCACUUUGAGUUCUGUAAGAUUGAGUAAAAAGAAGAAGUUGAAGAUCUAUGGGAUCAGUUAGCAUGCUGCACUUACUUAACGAACCUGUUCCUGAUUACUUGAUUGGUUGUCACCUGGUGGGAGGAGCCAGAGGGAGACGUACCGCCGCACAGUGUGAAGAAGAACAAGUCCAGACGAGAAAUGUCCAGAAACAAAGAGCUUCUUCACCUCUGUGUCCGCGUCACCUCGCGGAGCUGCGGGCCACGCCCACAUUCUCCCGCCCUCCAAUCAAAGCACAGAAUAUUUAAGGAGUUCUGCCGGACGACGGAAAAAUGUUAAUGUUUAGGUUUGUGGCGAAAUUACAGGCUGAAAGUGAUGUGGUCACACACACACGCACGCACGCACGCACGCACACACACACACUUCCUGCCACCUCCACAGACACACUGCUUGGCAAGAAGUAUGUGCAUACUUUGAUUGUGUUGAGGGCGCGCACACACACACACACACACACACACACUGAAACACAAACUGACUCUGGGUCAGUGAGAGUUCCCAGCAUGCAUCAGGUGGGUUUAAGAAGCGAUCAAUGGCCAUCGGAGAACAACUAUAGAUCAUUUUAUCUCAUGUAGACACUGCAUUUGUGCCCCAAAUCAGGGGCUGCAUCCUCGGCCGUCAAAUUUCGCAUCCUCCUUCUAACAUGGCCAAAAAAGUGUAUCCCUCCAAAAUCCCAAUCCAUGAAAGCUCCAACAGGCGGAUUCUGCUCUGGCGUACCUUUCCCAGCAUUCAUUGCGAGCCACUGAUGCCGCUAACGAGAUAGCGUUGCGUGCGUGCUGAGUGCAGCAGCUCAAAGUAACUAUGGUGAUGCAACGGGACACAACAGGUGAGCGCAGGACAAACUGACGACACGAAUGGGAGAUCUUGGCCUCAGUCUGCGAAGGUCGAAAGGACCCGGUCCUCUGAAGGACGUGGCACCCAAUCGCAACGCAGCUCACGUUUGUUCGCGUCACCUGCCUCGGCGCUUUCUUUCUUUCCUGUGAUGUCACACAAUCGCUGCCGGAGACGGCCGGCAGCGGGUGUUCGGGGUCAACAUGUCGUGGUGUCCUGUCUCUUGAUGACACCGUGUGAACACGUCACUCUGGAGGUCCAUGAAAACUUAAGGAUGAGGAAAAUUGUCGAUUCAGACUAUUAUUCCAACACAUCUUAUGUUAAUGUUCAAGGGCCUGAUAUGUGAUAUGCUCAGUGCAUGAUGGGAGUUCCCCGUCUAUUUUUGAAUAUAUAAUCUGAAGUGUCUCUCUCCACCAAGAGAAAUUUAACCUCUGGUCACUGCGCUGGUUGUUGUUCUGUCUCACACACUGACUCACUACUCCUAAUUUUGGCGGUUACAGCAGAAAGACGCUGUCAGAUGAGUUACAAAACGUUCUCUUCACUUCCUGUCAGCUGAACCGCCACCACUUACAGCAGGAGCGUUCAGAAUCAGAUGCAGCUGUCUGGUCUAUUUUUUUGAACAUAAACUCAUGGACGUGUUUUGCCAAGUCUUCCUAAGACGCACAGUAAAUCCUUUAAUCCUAAAAUACUCUGAUGUUCUUCAGGUGGUGAUCGACUGACUUAAAAAUCACGUUGAAGUUCAGGAGGACGAUCAGGACGUGGGACAAGGUCGGUGAACUCCUGCCAGUUUGAACUCAGCUCAACUGGUGAGGCCUGAGAACAACCCACUACGUCUCGGUGCAGAUGCAGAUUCAAGGGGCGGAUACAGGAUGCUUUCGCUUUGACCUUCUUUAGCCAUAACGCUUCUCAACGGGGGCGGUACCGCACCCCAGGGGCCGUUCAGAGGAUGGGGGGGGGGUCGCUGGAAACAAUAGGUGGCCUUGUUUUAAGGCGACUUUACACUAAAGAUUCACCACAAUACAAGUUAACACUUUAAAUCACUUGCAAGGGAACAGUGGUCUGCAUCAUGAAGACGCGCCAUGGGUCAUCGGAACCUCUCCUCUUCUGCGUCUGUCUGCUUCGUGUGGCGCAGCUCCGUGAUGCGUUCACGGCGACGGGACAUCGGAGUUUCUGUUUCUAGGAACUCCGCACUGCAGCGUUAUAACGCGGUCUCGUCGUGAACUUGAAGUCUUCCCGAGAACAUUGUCGUCGUGUGAAAGUCACCUCGCUGGAGGCUAAAUACAAGUCUCCGAUUGGCUGCUGUUUGUGAUACCUAAGGUGAAUCAUGUCCUCGGGUUCCUGGGGGACGUUUCUGCGCCGGUUAGCCCUCGGCUGCUUUCUGCUGGCCACAUCUCUGCUCCUUUUCUUCACAUACUUCAAAGAGAAGGUUUCCUUCUUCUCCGUGGAGGCAUGUCGCACAGCUGUGUGUCCAGAGGACGCACCGACCCGGGACUCAAACCCAAACCAAUUCUCCGUGCAGCAGGACCAGGCUCCAUGCCAGGAUGCCGACACCGUCCUGUUGAUCUGGACGUGGCCGUUUGGCCUCAAGUUUGAUCUCGGCUGCAGCGCAUUCAACGUCACCAGAUGCCGCCUGACGGACGACAGGUCUCUGUACCACAAAGCCCACGGCAUUCUCUUCCACCACAGGGACAUUCCUAGAAACCUCGCGGGCUUCCCAAGAGAGCCACGCCCCUGCUACCAGAAGUGGGUGUGGUCAAACAUGGAGUCGCCUGCGAACUCCGCUCCGAUCGCCGCACUUGAUCACUUGUUCAACCUGACGUGCAGUUAUCGCCUGGAUUCAGACGUUCCCGUCCCUUAUGGGUACCUCGUGCCUCUGACGUCUGAGGACGAGAGGUUCAAACUGCCGGAGAAGACACAGCUGGUGUGCUGGGUCGUGAGCAACUGGAACUCGCGUCACCGACGGGUUCAGUUCUACCAGGAACUGAAGAAACACGUCCCCGUCAGUGCUUACGGGAGCACCUUCCACCGUUCCUUGAGUGACGGAGAGUAUGUGAAGGUGGUAUCCAGCUGUAAGUUCUACCUGUCCUUUGAAAACUCUGAGGCCAGAGACUACAUCACGGAGAAGUUCUACCGGCCCAUGAUGUUGGGAAGCGUCCCAGUGGCUCUGGGCCCCCCCAGACAGAACUAUGAGGACCACGUCCCCGCUGACUCUUUCAUUCAUGUAGACGACUUCCCCUCUCCGAAGGCGCUGGCAGAGAGGCUCCUGCAGCUCGACCAGGACGCCGCCGAAUACACAAGAUUCUUCAACUGGACAAACAGAUUCAGAGUUCACAAAUCCUGGUUCGGCAAAGAACAUGCCUGCAAAACCUGUGGUUACCUGCAAACUAACCGAGGACGUCACGUGACUCCUCACCUUAACAAAUGGUACUGGGGUUAAAAUGAGUCCGUGACAACUGCCCCUGUUUUCUACGGACAUGAAGAACCAGAGAGGUGCCUUGAUCAGAUUCUACAAGCUUCAUUUUCCUUCUUCAUCGAGGAGGGAGAGAGGACGGGAACAUGAUGAACAGAAACAUGAUGGACGGGAAAAUGAUGGACUGAAACUUGAUGGACUGAAACAUGAUGGACUGAAACAUGAUGGACUGAAACAUGUUGGACGGAAACAUGAUGGACUGACACAUGAUGAACAGAAACAUGAUGGACGGGAAAAUGAUGGACUGAAACAUGAUGGACUGACACAUGAUGGACAACAAUGGACGGGAAAAUGAUGGACAGAAACAUGAUGGACAGAAACAUGAUGGACAGAAACAUGAUGGAAUGACACAUGAUGGACAGAAACAUGAUGGACAGAAACAUGAUGGACGGGAACAUGAUGGAUGGGAACAUGAUGGACAGAAACGUGUGACGUCAUCUGCGCCAUAGUGAAUUGUGGAGUGGAGCCACAGUAUUGAUGUCCCGCCCACACACUUGCUCGGCCAAUCAUGUGUUGGUGUCAGUUGUCGAUCAUGAAUCAAUGGUUGAUGUUUGUGAUGAACAUUUAAUCAAGAGUCCACAAUCCCAAUCAUUGAUUGAUUGAUUGAUCGAUUGAUUGCCCAUCUGUCUGUUGAUCAGGCUGUGAUGUGGUCUCUGUCCAGCAGAGGGCGCCGUCUCCUCACCAACCUCUUGUCCAGGUCAACCUCCUUCCUUCCUUCUCUGUCACGUCAUGUGAAACACACAGAAACAUGUUCAGCACUAACAUCUGGUGUGUGUCUGUGUGUGUGUGUGUGUGUGUGUGUGUGUGUAUCUGCGUCUCUGCGGGUGUAAUUUAAUUUAGCUGCUGUGAAUUUCAUGCUUCAUCAACACACACACACACACACACAAAAACUGCCUUCACGUCUGUUGGAAACAUCAUGAGAGAGAGAGAGAGAGAGAGAGAGAGAGAGAGAGAGAGAGAGAGAGAGAGAGAGAGAGAGAGAGAGAGAGAGAGAAAGUGUGUGUGUGUGUGUGUGUGUGUGUGUUUAGAAUCAGCCGAUCUCAGCAUGAAGGUGAUAAUGUCAGUUCUCAUCAGAUCAUAUUUAAUAUAUUUCUAAUUGAAAAGUGCUAAUUCAAAGUGUCACUCUGGCGCUCUGAGGCCUCUGGUAACCUUGCGUUUGACCUCUGGGUCAAAGGUCCCCUGAUGUUUGCUCAUCCUUCAUUUGUUUUCCUUGGUUCUGAUUGGCUGGAUGUUUAAAACAGUUUAUCUCGCACGUCCAGUUUUUUUCCUGGUACUGUCCUGGAAAUGAGCUGGAUUUUAAUCAGAAAAUUUCCAAGAUGUUUCCAGAAUGUUUCCAUGACGACUGUUUGGUCCUGAUUUUCGCGUAUGGAGACAAACAUGUUUUAAUGGUCCAUAAUGACUGCACAACAAACAUCAGCUGAUGAUUCUGACGUCUGUGUGUGUCCGUCUGGAUGAGGACCGAACUUUGUCAGCCUGUCCUGGAAGAUGUCAUGUAAAAAACACCCUGGAAAUGUCCUGGAAAUGUCCUGGAAAUGCCCUGGAAACCUGCAGAUUAAAAGUGAGGAUACACACACAAUUCUGUGAUCAAGGCUCAAAUGUGGUCUCUGUGAAGAUGAGGCGAGGUUCAGCCCGACGUUUGUCACAGCACAAGUUUCAUGGAAAUGAGUAAUUAUUAUUAUUAUAUUAGUAAGUCACAAUCACAGUCACAGUCACAAACAGAUAAACAAAGAAUCACACACGCAUGCACACACACACACAAACACACACACACACACGGUCACUCAGAUCUUUUCUGGGUCAUUUGGUUGAAACUUCAGAUAAUGACGCCAACAAUUAUUGUCAAUUACACCACAUCCUGAGUGUGUGUGUGUGUGUGUGGGGGGGGGGGGACAGGAAGUUGGGUUGCUGUUCUCAGUUAAAGGUUGAGUUUACAUGUUUUCAUCUCCAAUCAAAACUGACAGUAAAGUGUUUGUUGGUGUUUUAAUAUGUUCUCCUGUUCACCCACUGACGUGGUGGUCCUGGACCAGGACACAGACGUGGUGGUCCCGGACCAGGUCACAGUCCCGGACCAGGUCACAGAACUGGCGGUCCUGGACUGGGGCUGUUGUCCGUCAUGUUGGCCGUCCAUGUGACGAAGGGUAGAAAUACUGUCAGCCAAUCAGAAGUCACCUGAUGGAGCUGGAGGUAGAAAAGUUUCAGCUGCAAUUUGAUCAUGUUUGAUGAAUAAAACACUGAGGUGCGCUGGUUUCAUCCACCCUGACCCAGGAGGUCGUCAGUGGACGAAUCAAACACUCCCUCUGUUCAAACCUCA